AUGGGUGCCGUAGUUUCUUGCAUCAAGUCCAUCUUCCGCACGAUUGGCAACUGCAUCAUGGCUAUUGUUAACGCCAUCGCCGCCGGAUUGAAGGCCAUCAUCAACGCCAUCGUCUCACUGUUCGACAUCAUCAUCUCUUGCCUGACCUGCGGACGCGGCGGCGGUCGACGACGCGGCAUGAAGACUCGUACCACACACACGAGUAGAGUCUAA